AUGGCGAGAAACCGAUCACAGCGAAACAAAAUGGAACACUCUGUGACAUCUGAAAGCCCAUGGAAGUCUGAACAUCCAUUCGGUCCUCCUCAAGUUUCUCGCUCACCUUCCGGCGGCAUUCAACGACUACGAAACACACUCCACAAGUUGUCGCCAUCAGCCUUUGCGGAAAAGGAACUCUUACGCAAAAAGAACCAAUACAAAAUCCCCCUCACGCAGCGCAAUGUCGACACCUUCGUUACAGAACAAGAAUGCAACGAAGCGUACAAGCCCAAUCUACACUCCCCAGAGAUUCAAGUGACCGAAUGGCUACAACGAGUCUCCUGA